GGAGCUCCAGCUACAACAGAACCGCUCUCCUCUCUGUCAUCACACACCAGAAGCAGAGCCUGCAGAACGCUGUGCACCAUCAGAGGAGGCUGCAGAACGCUGUGCACCAUCAGCAGAGGUGGCAGAACAUUGUGCAUCAGCAAAGGAGGCUGCAGAACGCUGUGCAUCAGCAGAGGAGGCUGCAGAACACUGUGCACUAUCAGAAGAGGCUGCAGAACAUUGUGCACCUUCAGAAGAGGCUGCAGAACAUUGUGCAUCAGCAGAGAAGGCUGCAGAACACCAUCAGAGCAGACGGUGCCACCACAAGCAGACAGCACCCAUCUCACCCUGGGCACAGGAUCUGCUGCAAAUGACCCUCCGCAAAGUUUCUUGCCCGGACCACCCCUCACCUGUGCAGCGCACCCCGGCCCCCGGACUCUGAGUCCCGUGUCCCCUGCUCCCGGGCACUGACUCCCCUGCUCCCGGGCACUGACUCCCCUGCUCCGGGGACUAUGCACAUGUGAGCUGGCCGCUGCCUGGUGUCCGGGCAGGUAAGAGUGUGGACUUUAUUACUCAGCAAAUACAGAAGUGGGAGGGAGGGGGGCGGCCAGAGCCAUUCGGAGCAGGUCCGGAGAGAGCCUCACCUGAGCGGAGAUCCAGGCGGAGGACCAGGUGGAACCAUGGACUUCUCCUGAGCUGCGUUCCCCGCCCUGGGCAGGGUCAAUGCCCAACACAGAGAAGUCUGCUGACCUCAGGGAAGGACCUAUCGAUAUUUCAUGAUUAACUUUGAGAACUUGUUAGCAGAAAGGGGGGGUAUCUCUGCCAUGGAGUGCCCGGGGGACUGCGCCAACAGCACCAUGCACAAUGGGACUAACCCAGAUGAGGAGGGUGGGCCCCCUUACACCAUGCAGGUCACACUGGCUCUCAUAUCCCUGGUCGGUAUUCUCAUGCUCUUCACGGUGUUUGGCAACGUCUUGGUUGUCAUAGCGGUGUUUACCAGCAGGGCCCUCAAAGCCCCCCAGAACUUGUUCCUAGUGUCCCUGGCAUCUGCUGACAUUCUUGUGGCCACCUUAGUGAUGCCUUUCUCUCUGGCAAACGAGGUAAUGGGGUACUGGUACUUUGGCAAGGUGUGGUGUGAAAUCUAUCUGGCCCUGGAUGUGCUCUUCUGCACCUCCUCCAUAGUCCACCUUUGCGCCAUCAGCCUGGACCGCUACUGGUCCAUCACCCAAGCCAUUGAGUACAACCUAAAGAGAACCCCACGCAGGAUCAAAUGUAUCAUAUUUAUCGUGUGGGUGAUCUCAGCUGUCAUCUCCUUCCCCCCACUCAUCACCAUCGAGAAGGAGAGUGGCAAGAUAGAGGAACCCAAGUGCAAGAUCAAUGAGGAGAAGUGGUACAUCAUCUCCUCCUGCAUCGGCUCCUUCUUUGCUCCCUGUGUCAUCAUGGUCCUGGUCUACAUCAGGAUCUACCAGAUCGCCAAGAAGAGGACCAGAGUCCCCCCCAGCAAGAGGAGCAAUGGGGAACCCGAGAAGAAGCAGAAUGGUUUGGCAGACCAGGACUUGCCAGUGAACCUCAACGGGGAGAAGGGUGAAGAGGAGCACCAGAGGGAGGCAGAGGCUAAUGGAAGGGACAUGGAGGACUCCUCAUCCUCUGAGCACCGGGAGGACCUCCAGUAUGCCGCCAAGAAGAGGCAGGAGAAGGCUCAGAGGGGCAAAGGUAAGACCAAGCUGAGUCAAAUCAAGCCAGGUGACAGCCUGCCCCGCAGGGAGGAGGACAGCAGUGCCAAGUCCUCCAGGUGGAGAGGGAGGCAGAACAGGGAGAAGAGGUUCACCUUUGUCCUGGCUGUGGUCAUUGGGGUGUUUGUGGUGUGCUGGUUCCCUUUCUUCUUCACCUACACCCUCAUUGCCAUUUGUAGCAAGAGCUGCAACGUCCCUGAGACUCUCUUCAAAUUCUUCUUCUGGUUUGGGUACUGUAACAGCUCCUUGAACCCUGUCAUCUACACCAUCUUCAACCAUGACUUCAGGAGGUCAUUUAAGAAGAUCCUGUGCAAGGGGGACAGGAAAAGGAUUGUGUGACACCCCCCCCCCCCCUGGGCUACAGGGGGCAUAUGACUUGUGUGGAUACCUGUGGGACCUUUCCACCCAGAACACAUCACCUUCUUAUCUCUUGUAUUGUACAGUAAGGACUGCUACAUCCUACCUGAGAGCAGGGUGUCUUCAUUUUGGAAGGCAUACAGAUUUAAGAGAUCAGAUGAAUGCUUAAAUAUAUUUUAUUACUAAAAAAACAAAAACAAAAGUAUAA